AAAAAAAUUUGAUACAAUUGGGUAAUUUUUGCAACUAACUAUAACAGUAGUGUCCACCCAAACUUAAACCCCCAAACAAUGGCUAUGGUUACUGUCUGUUCAUCAUCAUUAUCUUCUACUUGUUUCCCUAAUUCCAAACUUUCUCCUUUUAGCUAUCAAAAACCAACUUCCAAUUACUACAGAAACAAUAUUUUUAGGCUUUCUAUCUCAUCCCAAACCCAUAAACACAGAGCAACUUCAUUUGGGAUCAAGUGUCAGGCUGCUGGAGAUGAUAGUUUACUGGAACCACCCACAGUUUAUCAAGGGGUUUACGGUCCCUGGUCCGUCGAUACAGCCGAUAUCCGUGAGGUGAUUUCAUACAGGUCUGGAUUAGUAACAGCUGCAGCAUCAUUUGUUGUUGCAUCAUCAACUGCUUUCUUGCCUGAUGACUUUUUCUUGACUGAAUUUUUGAAGCAAAAUAUUGAUAUACUUUACGUGUUUGGAGCUACUGGAUUAGGGUUGUCAUUGGUUUUGAUACAUAUUUAUGUAACUGAGAUUAAAAGGACACUUCAAGCAUUAUGGUUUCUUGGAGUUGUUGGAUCAUUUGCUACAAAAGUAUGUCUGGCUCAACCAGCUGAUCAGAGUUUGGUGCAGUAUGUUGUUGAUAAUCCGGUAGCUGUUUGGUUUGUUGGCCCGUUGUUUGCAGCGUUAACUGGUCUUGUGUUUAAAGAAGGACUUUGUUAUGGCAAGCUGGAAGCUGGUAUUUUAACGUUUAUCAUUCCUUCGGUUCUUCUUGGGCACCUGAGUGGUUUAAUGGAUGAUGGAGUGAAAGGAACUCUACUUGGAGUGUGGAUGGCACUCUUCACGAUAUUUGCAGCAAGAAAGUUUACUCAGCCUAUCAAGGAUGAUAUUGGAGACAAAUCUGUGUUUACGUUCAAUGCUCUACCUGAAGAAGAAAAGGCAGCGUUGAUACAGAAACUCGAACAACAAAAGUUCUGAUAUUGGUACAUAUGCUUGUAUAUCCUCACAUUCUCACAAUAGUUACAAAAUUGUAACAAGAAAAUACUGUGGACGUUUUUGAGCUAUAGAAUUAAAUAGGUUUGCUGUAUUAUAGGUAAAAUUUGUUCUUGGUCUAAUUCUUCGUUAUUUAUGUUUGCUACAACCUACAUACGAAAAUCUAGUAGUUGAAGCUAAGACAGUGUGGGCAUGUUUCCCCAUCUGGAUAUUUGUCUAAUUGUAAAAUUGUCAAUGGAAUUCUGCCAAAGGAACCCCUUGGAUUAUCAA